CAUUUUUUUUCAGCCAUGCGUCCAGAAGAGCCAGGACCAUCUUUACGCAUCUAUGCCCUGUUUUUCAAACCUGCUCCGUUCCAUGGCUCCCACACUUUUUGUUUAUUUAUUUAUUUUGAAGAUUGGCAAUGGGGCUCCCACACUUUAGAAAGCCAGGAAUGAAGACAAAGCCCGCGUCGUUUCCUCUUGCGGAAAAAAAAACGACGAUCGGAGAAAAGCAAGGGGUCAAUUUUAUCAAUACAAAUCAAUAUCUAUCAUAAAAAAUUCAAAUAAAUUAUGAAAGUUACAUUUGAUCUUCUCAACCUAGUGAUUUUGAAAGCCAGGAAUGAAGACAAAGCCCUCAUCCUUUCCUCUUGUGGAAAAAGAAACAGCAACGGUGGGAGAAAAAUCAAGGGGUCAAUUUUGUCCAUUCAAAUCAAUACCUAAUUACCUAUUAUGAAAAACCCAAACAGGUCAUAAGAGUUACACUUGACCUUGUCGGCCUAGUGGCUUUGAAAGCCAGGAAUGAAGACAAGGCUAGGAAUGAAGACAGACGUCGCGUCCUUUCCUCUCGUGGAAAAAACAGCAACGGUAGGAGAAAAGCAAGAGGUCAAUUUUAUUAAAUCAAAUCAAUACCUAUCAUAAAAAAUCCAAAUUGGUUAUGAGAGUUACACUUUAACCUUCCCGACUGACCUAGUGAUUUUGUCAUUGUUGAUAAGUACACUUCAAUCCCUUGGGUUAGAUUUGAUUUCCUUAUCUUCUAUUUAUAAUUUGUUUUUUUAAAAAAAAAAGUUACAAGAGCCGUGAGGAAUCUAAUAUUAAAUUUAUUUUUAGCUAAAUCAAUUCAAUACCUAUCA